GCGAGCUCAGUAUAUGAUAUUAACUGAUGCCGCUAGAUCGGGUCAGGCGUGAUCCCGCACUUGAAUUGACCGGCCUCGACCUUGAUGCCGCUGGAGAACAUGCAUUCCCCAUUCGACCGGAAAUAUCUGCCAACAUUCUGGACUUUAACACCUACGAAGCUUCCAUACAACCACACACUUUUCAAACCGACACUGGAGAUUACCCAUGGGUGCCUGUUGACAAAACGAGAGUGGAAGUCCCACAAACCAAUUUGGCAGCUAGAGUAGAUUACCAAUUUGAUAUGACAAAAUCCUUUGAGCUGCUCGCGAAGCUGUCAAUUUACAGAAGCACGCUUCUAGAUGCGCGAAGAGACAGUAAAAAAGUGCUGGAUAUCUAUGAGCGUUUUGAUCCAUCGUUAGGCAACCGUUUGGUGCAUGGACAGCUUGGACAGAAAGCGCAAUUUUUAAUCUUUCCAGGAGGCGAAGCAAAAUCGACUCUGAAUGUAGCUCCCAUUGGUAUCAGCCAAAUAUACCCCAACGGUGAAGAAGUUCCUCAGGAUACCGACUUCUUACACAUUGAUGAUGUAGAUAUACGGCUCAAGGAUAGGUCCUCUUUGGAUGUUUUUACCCCAAUACAACAAAUCACCAAUUUUUGUUCCUCGCUUUCUCCUGAAGAUGAAGCUCUUGUCGGUGUGCGUACCGUUGGAGGAGCGUCAGUCAUGAAGAUCAGUCAAACAACAGAAAGCGAUUCAUCAAAACCUUUAAAAGUUAAACCAUUGGCAACCCUUUCGUUCUCUGACAAAAAUUUUGCGAAUAAUAUCAAGGCAGUGGACAUGGUUGGCAAUCCUUAUUAUGCAAGCGAAUGUAUCAUCGUCAGUGAAACCGGUUACUUUGGGUUGUGGGACUACAACAGCAAGCCUAGGGAAUACAUAAACAAUAUAUCAACUAUACGAGAAGGUGGAUCUCCAGAUUCAAAUGUUUUCCACAAAUGGCAUUCAUGUCAAUACGCAUCACAUCCAAGAACCAUUUAUACCGCAUAUCCUCAUCAAUUAGACCUUUGUGACUUGAGGGCGAAACCAGGUUCAAACACCAGUACCAUCUAUCAGCUCAGAGACGCAAAGUUCGCCCUGAAAGGUGUAGAAGAUAACAUUUGCGCGUUGGCCGUGCCACCAAGAAAGCACUCUUUUGAAGUUGCUAUUGCGACACAUGAUAAGCUAAUGUUGUUUGAUACACGGUAUAACAAACGAGCUGUGCUUAGCUGGCAACAUCACGUACGACCUUUUUAUCCUUCCCAAAUACAAUUUGUAACGGAUCAGGUUGAAGGGUGUGAAACAGAUCAAAUUUUUGCCUGGCAUCCUAUGUCCACUUUUGUUCAUGUUUUUGAGUAUGGAAAGACUGAUAAGAUGACGAAAGAUGUACCUCGCACCCUGGAUAUUUCGUUCAACACAAAUCCUGCGUCGCAGAGUACACUAUCCACUACACCGACUAAUAACAAACAUAGCAGUUCCAACUCAUCGUUUUAUGUCGCUACUAGACCCUUGUAUGGCUUGCCAACUAAUCGAUUCCGACCAUCUCCCGCAGCAUGGGUGACACCCUACGCAACGAGCAAGACAGCCGAGCUGCGUAACAAAUCACCACUCGCUGGGUUGACGGUUAUACCGGGUAUAGCUCAUAUGAAACCCUCACAAGAAGAUCAAGCAGCCGGUAUUCGUACAUGGAAUGUUCUUCAGUUAUGCGAAGAUGGAACGGUACAAAGUAAAAUUUGGUGUCGUAAACCGCCAGAAAAACAAAAACUGCGGUCACUUUCUUGGUUUCAGCGGCCACCAAUAAUCGAUUUUGACAAUAUCGAAGCGGAACAUUUAGAAGCCAAAAAGCAAGAAAUGGAAGAGGAUAGCGUAAAUUCGGAUUUGUCCCGCUUUUUUGAAGAUCUUGAAUUUCGUGGUGAAAUCAAAACCACUGAACACAUAACAGACGUCAAGGAACUGGAGAACAAAAUUAUCCAAUGUGUCAGGGAAACUGUCGCUCCAAAAACUCUGCAUGAAAUUCUUAAUACUCUUGCAGCAGGGGAAUUUGGUGAAAUCGAUGAUAACAUUAUUGGCGAGCUGGAAAAGCGGUUAUCAUCCACGGAAGCUGUACAUCGUGAAAAGGUGUGGCACAACAGUUUUGAAGAGUUCGGCCUUAUUGAUCCAUUCGCCCUCGAUCUGGGAGACAGCAUCAGUAGCGUUCGAUCAAAGCUAAGGCAGGUUUGCCACUUGGAUCUCGAGAGCGGUAUAGAAGAUACGACAUCUGCUGGGAGUUCAAGUCGGACCAAGUAUAUAAGCGAAGCCAUACAAAAGAUUGCCACAGAUCUUACAGCUUCAAGGCAUAUUAUCGGCACCCUUACAGAAAUACCUAGUGAACUUCAAGACAAACCUGAAGAAUCAGCCAUACCUGCGAAUUUACAUUUCCCGCAUCUUUUCAAAUCAGAAGAACUCCUGGCUAGAAGCCAGCUUAAGCUCAACCCGGCAGCAACAGCGCUAGCUGGCGAUUGGGACAUGGAAUCGGAUCCAAAUACUUAUAGCUUUAGAAGAUUAGAUGGUAUGACGGCGGAAGAAGCUCUGCAAAAUGAGCAGACCACCACAAAAAAGAAGCGUCGGCGCCCAUCAGCGCACUUUGCUGUCCAGGAUGCUGCACCAGCCGUUCCUCAAGUUGUGGAUACGCAUACCAAAUCUGCGACUGCCAACAAGGUAACUUCCUUGUCACUCCCUAGUAUACAUGACCUGGAGUUUUCCACACAAAUUUUCCCACCGUCGCCCGAGACGAAGAAGACAGCUACGGCCAUCAGUGCUAGUCAGCCGGUUGCAGGCCCUUUCGGAUCCAGAAUCAAGCAUGUCAAGAAGAAAAAGAAGAGAAAGGAAGGUUUCUAGUUUCAACCACGUUGUUUUACUUGUACAUUAUAGCAUCAGUCAAUUUUUCUCUUAAUACGAACAUGAAAGUAAUGUAGUAGUCUUAUGUACUAUUCAAUUUUGCAUAUCACCUCAAUGUACAUACCUGGCAAACAUGAAAA